CCGGCUCCUGCCCGCAGGCCGCGAGCGUAACGAUCGGGAGGAUCAGAGAGCGGCGUGGGCGCGUCAGGCCGGUAGAGCGCGAGGGUAUUCACUUGGGCAGAACUGAAGUUGGAAGAAAGUUGGCCAUUCUGCAUAGUUAUACUGUUCUGAACAACAAAAGCUUGCCAUGUGACUCCCCCCAAAAGAUAUCCUGUAUCCCUUGCUGACACCAAGAUAAAUUUACAUGUGUGGGAGACCAGACCAAUAACACUCCUGAAUUAAGAUCGUGGGUUCUGAGGGUUGAGCACUGAGACCUGAAGAUGAGUGAGCUUGACCAGCUGCGGCAGGAGGCCGAGCAACUGAAGAACCAAAUAAGAGAUGCUCGCAAAGCAUGUGCAGAUGCAACUCUUUCACAGAUUACUAACAACAUCGACCCAGUGGGAAGAAUCCAGAUGCGCACCAGGAGAACUCUGAGGGGGCACCUGGCCAAGAUCUAUGCCAUGCACUGGGGCACAGAUUCCAGGCUCCUUGUCAGCGCCUCGCAGGAUGGAAAACUCAUCAUCUGGGACAGCUAUACUACAAACAAGGUCCAUGCCAUCCCUCUGCGCUCAUCCUGGGUCAUGACUUGUGCAUAUGCUCCUUCUGGGAAUUAUGUGGCCUGCGGUGGCCUGGAUAACAUUUGCUCCAUUUACAAUCUGAAAACUCGUGAAGGGAAUGUACGUGUGAGUCGUGAGCUGGCGGGACACACAGGUUACUUGUCCUGCUGCCGGUUCCUGGAUGACAAUCAGAUCGUCACCAGCUCUGGAGAUACCACAUGUGCCCUGUGGGACAUAGAGACCGGCCAGCAAACGACCACAUUUACUGGACACACUGGAGAUGUCAUGAGCCUGUCUCUUGCUCCUGACACCAGACUGUUUGUCUCUGGUGCUUGUGACGCUUCAGCCAAGCUCUGGGAUGUCCGAGAAGGGAUGUGCCGGCAGACUUUCACAGGCCAUGAGUCUGACAUCAAUGCCAUCUGUUUCUUUCCCAAUGGCAAUGCCUUUGCCACUGGCUCAGAUGAUGCUACAUGCAGGCUGUUUGACCUCCGUGCAGAUCAGGAGCUCAUGACUUAUUCCCAUGACAAUAUCAUAUGUGGGAUCACCUCUGUCUCCUUCUCUAAAAGUGGGCGUCUCCUCCUUGCUGGGUACGACGACUUCAACUGCAACGUCUGGGACGCACUCAAAGCUGACAGGGCAGGUGUCUUGGCUGGACAUGACAACCGUGUCAGCUGCUUGGGGGUGACUGAUGAUGGCAUGGCUGUGGCAACAGGGUCCUGGGACAGCUUCCUCAAGAUCUGGAACUAAGGCCAGUAGCGCAAGUGGAUGCCACGGUGACUGGAAGACCAUUCCAACCUUGAAGCGUUACAGUGAUAGCAUAUCCUAUCCAACCAUACUAACGUGGACACCCACACCUCCCCUCAGAACUUCAAAAGGGCAAGAUCUUUUUUCCUUCACUUAUUGCUGAAAUCAAGAGCACAAUUCCCAUUAAGAGAAGGAUCUCUGUGCUGUAAACUAAAACAAAUUGUGCAUUCCUUCCGGGGCCAUUGUCUUUGUUUUCUUUUUUGUCUUGGAUGAAAUUUAAAAGGAAAUACUACAAUAAAAAUGUUAACCAGAAGGUAAACCUGAGUGUAAUUGUGAGACAGACACGCCUCUUCACUAGUUUAUUUGAAUUUUAGACCAGUAAUCCUGUUUUGUGGCAUUCAUGCAAGACAAGUUGAGGACUUUGUUUAUCUUGUAAUUGUUUCUAAAUAUUCAGUCAUUUGUAGCAGGAUCUGGGAGCAUUCACAUUUCCUUCUUUAAGUAUAUUCCUUUAUGUUCAGUAGUUAAACAGAACCAGAGCCCAUGGCAUUCUCUGACUUGUUGGUGACAGUUUUGUCCCUGGCUUUUAUUUUUGUCUCAUGUCACACAGAUGACUGUUUCACACAAACAGCAUAGUGGAAGAGAAAAGUUGAGAAGCAAAGUAGCCUAGCACAUGCUGUGAUGGCCAUGAAUGCUUGAACAGAGUCUUCUUCUUUGCUGAAUAGCGAACUCAUACCUUCCAUCCUUCCUGCCAUGUCCUCCCCAACCUCCAGUUUAGUUUCUGCUCUUACUUUGGGUUUCCUGUAAAGUUGGAGGGAAGUUUGUAGUCGCGUGACACUACCCGUCCUGCCCCUGCUGUCAGGGACCUGUUCUCCAGAGAGGUGCCUGUCCUCUGCUUGGAUAGUCAGUUGGUUAUUUGUGUAUGAAACAAUGUACAAAUCAAUGUUUUGAAAAUAAUGAUCUCAGACUUUCUAAGUUAAAUUUUAAACACUUUGAUUGUUUGCCAUAUUGGGUGGGUUUACUCUUAGAAUCGCAUGCUGUAGAAAUGCUCCAAAGUGCAUAUAGGACUCAGUCCUUAGAUGUUCUUUUUCUUUUAAGAAAUAACCUUUCAAGUUGUAACUGUGGCGGCUCUGUCCACUUACUGUUGCUACUCUGCACACAUAUCGGAAGCAGCAAGCGCUCUAUACGCUUGAAUAGUUGGACAAGUCACUGUUCUCUUUACUUUAAAAACAAAAAAAAAAAAAUAGUUCUGUUGGGAAUAACUGCUGUUGGAUUCAGAGAGGGGAGGGGAAGAGAGCUACCCUGCUGCCUCUUUGCCACUUCCUGGAAGCCUGCCUCUGAGGAACAGCCUUUUGCAUCUGAGGCAGAUCCUUUUUACAUCAUGCAGAUCUUCCUGGUUUUCAUCUCGAGCUGUGUUCAGCAGCAGCGUUUGGACAGCAGUGUUCUGUGGGUCCUUCCCCCUCCUGUAUCCUAUCCCCUCAUAGCAGCAGUAGUGGCUUCGCCAUCCUGUUUCUGCAGCGUCCUGUACAAAACUGUGCUGUGACUGUGCGGUAGACCUGGACCUGGCAAAGAAUACAGCGAAGCCCCUUCUCUUUCCACCAAACGACUCUGUAGAGCUCUCUGCACCCUGUACCCUUUUCACCUUUUGUAUUUAAUUUUAAAGUCAGUGUACUGCAAGGAGGCUGGAUGCAAGAUAGAUACUAUAUUAAACUGUACUGUUAUUUAAGAUGUAAUAAAGCAGUUUGACAUGA